AUGAGCCAAAGAGGAGAAAAUUUGUAUCCGUGCUCUGAGUGCCAGAAUAUAUUUACUUCUAAGUCCAAACUCAAUGUUCAUCUGAGGAUUCACACUGGAGAGAGGCCAUAUAAAUGUUCAGAAUGUGACAAAUCCUUCUUAAAAAGUGAUCUUCUUGCUAAACACCUGAGAAUUCACACAGGAGAGAAACCGUUUAAUUGUUCAGAAUGUGGCAAGUGCUUCUCACAAAAUGGUAGUCUUACUCAACACCAGAAGAUUCACACAGGAGAGAAACCAUUUAAGUGUUCAGAAUGUGAAAAGUGCUUCUCAUUAAGUUCUGCUCUUACUAAACACCAGAAGAUUCACACAGGAGAGAAACCAUUUAAGUGUUCAGAAUGUGGAAAGUGCUUCUCAUACAUUUCUGAUCUUACUAAUCACCAGAAGAUUCACACAGGAGAGAAACCAUUUAAAUGCUCAGAAUGUGGCAAGUGCUUCUCACAAAAUGGUAAUCUUACUCAACAUCAGAAGAUUCACACAGGAGAGAAACCAUUUAAGUGUUCAGAAUGUGGAAAGUGCUUCUCAUAUAGUUCUGCUCUUACUAAACACCAGAAGAUUCACACAGGAGAGAAAUCAUUUAAGUGUUCAGAAUGUGGAAAGUGCUUCUCACAUAGUUCUGAUCUUACUAAACACCAGAGGAUUCACACAGGAGAGAAACUAUUUAAGUGUUCAGAAUGUGGAAAGUGCUUCUCAGAAAAUAGUAAUCUUACUCAACACCAGAAGACUCACACAGGAGAGAAACCAUUUAAGUGUUCAGAAUGUGGAAAGUGCUUCUCAUAUAGUUCUGAUCUUACUAAACAUCAGAGGACUCACACAGGAGAGAAACCAUUUAAAUGUUCAGAAUGUGGCAAGUGCUUCUCACAUAGUUCUAUACUUACACAACACCAGAGAAUUCACACAGGAGAGAAACCAUUUAAGUGUUCAGAAUGUGGAAAGUGCUUCUCAUAUAGUUCUGUUCUUACUAAACACCAGAAGAUUCACACAGGAGAGAAAUCAUUUAAGUGUUCAGAAUGUGGAAAGUGCUUCUCACAUAGUUCUGAUCUUACUAAACACCAGAGGAUUCACACAGGAGAGAAAUUAUUUAAGUGUUCAGAAUGUGGAAAGUGCUUCUCACAAAAUAGUAAUCUUACUCAACACCAGAAGACUCACACAGGAGAGAAACCAUUUAAGUGUUCAGAAUGUGGAAAGUGCUUCUCAUAUAGUUCUGCUCUUACUAAACACCAGAAGAUUCACACAGGAGAGAAAUCAUUUAAGUGUUCAGAAUGUGGAAAGUGCUUCUCAUAUAGUUCUGAUCUUACUAAACACCAGAGGACUCACACAGGAGAGAAACCAUUUAAAUGUUCAGAAUGUGGCAAGUGCUUCUCACAUAGUUCUAUACUUACACAACACCAGAUAAUUCACACAGGAGAGAAACCGUUUAAUUGUUUGGAAUGUGGCAAAUGCUUCUCACAAAGUUCUCAUCUUACAACACAUCAGAGAAAUCACACAGGAGAAAAAACAUUUCAAUGUUCAGAGUGUGAAAUGUGCUUCUCUGAUGGUUCUACACUUAGUAUGCAUAAGAGAAUUCACACAGGAGAAAGACCAUUCAAAUGUUCAGAAUGUGACAAGUGCUUCUCUUUAAAGUCAAGUCUUGUUACACACCAGAGAACUCACACUGGAGAAAAAACAUUUUAAUGUUCAGAAUGUGGCAAGUGCUUUUCAGAUAAUUCUUAUUUUAAUUUUCAUAAAAGGAGUCACACCGGAGAGAAAUCAUUUAAAUGUUUAGAAUGUGGAAAGGGCUUCUCAGAAGGUUCUAAACUUAAUAUGCAUAAGAGGAUUCACACAGGAGAGAAACCAUUUAAAUGUUCAGAAUGUGACAAAACUUUUCAGAAAAGUGAUCAUCUUGCUAAACACCUGAGAAUUCACACAGGAGUGAAACCGUUUAAUUGUUCAGAAUGUGGCAAGUGCUUCUCAAAUACUUCUAAUCUUAGUCAACACAAGAAGAUUCACACAGGUGAGAAACCAUUUACAUGUUCAGAAUGUGGAAAGUGCUUCUCACAAAAUGCUAAUCUUACUCAACACCAGAAGAUUCACACAGGAGAGAAACCAUUUAAGUGUUCAGAAUGUGGAAAGUGCUUCUCACAUAGUUCUGUUCUUACUCAACACCAGAAGAUUCACACAGGAGAGAAACCAUUUAAAUGUUCAGAAUGUGGAAAGUGCUUCUCAGGAAAUGGUAAUCUUACUAAACACCAGAAGACGCACACAGGAGAGAAACCAUUUAAAUGUUCAGAAUGUGGAAAGUGCUUCUCAGAUCAUUCUACUCUUACUCAACACCAGAGAAUUCACACAGGAGAGAAACCGUUCAAUUGUUUGGAAUGUGGCAAAUGCUUCUUAAAAAGUUCUCAUCUUACAACACAUCAGAGAAUUCACACAGGAGAAAAAACAUUUCAAUGUUCAGAAUGUGACAUGUGCUUCUCUGAUGGUUCUACACUUAGUGUGCAUAAGAGAAUUCACACAGGAGAAAGACCAUUCAAAUGUUCAGAAUGUGACAAGUGCUUUUCAGAUAAUUCUCAUUUUUAUGUUCAUAAAAGGAGUCACACCGGAGAGAAAUCAUUUAAAUGUUUAGAAUGUGGAAUGUGCUUCUCAGUAGUUUCUAAACUUAAUAUGCAUAAGAGGAUUCACACAGGAGAGAAACCAUUUAAAUGUUCAGAAUGUGACAUGUGCUUCUCACGAGGUUCUAUUCUUAAUAAACAUAAAAGGAUUCACACAAGAGAGAAAUCAUUUCAAUGA